GGGCCUCGGGGCGGCAGCGCCCGCGGAGACGCCGCCGGGGACGAGCCGGGGGCCAGCGGCGCCGAGCGUAGUUCUCGGAGACUUCUGCCUUAAACAGGAGUGGGCGCCAUAGCAGGAUAGUUCGGGUGGAAAACAGUGGGCCUUUUGGUACCUCUGCGGCAUGUGGGAGUGUCGGCUGUGCCCGUGCGUAAGGUUCAUCCUGCUUUCAAACGGAGCACCUGGCUUAAAUCAGCCCCCUCUCCCGCGUCCUACGCUUUCUCCUGACCCCCUUUGGAUGCGGAGCCGAAGUUCACGCGCUCUUUGAGAUCAGCCUCGUGCCGUACCCUCAGCGUGCCUGGCCCCCACCUGUGCAGGAUUGUGCGGAAACAGAGAAGCGGGACGGGGGGAGAAAUGGCAGUUUGCAGUCUGGCUGACUUCACGGGCUACUGACAGCCUUCCUUACUGGCUGACGAAGUUGGUUACUUUUAUUCUAUGACCUCAACAACAUGGUUUUCAUCAGUUCCCCUUUAUCCUGUUAAGAACUUAUCUCACUGGAAUUUGGAUACAGAAGUACCCGUUCCUGAAAAUAAAAACUUCCCACCUGAAAGGGAUGGUGCCACAGGUGGCAAAAUUAACAAGAACCAUUUGGAAAUUCCAGUAGAGCAACUCAUGCUGGAACUUACUUUGUCAGAGCAUGCUCCCAAAACAACACAGAAUAGUAAACAAGGGAUAUUCCGGUUAUGGAGUUAUCCUCUCAGCAAAGGAAGUGCCACGGAAAACAGGGAUUUCAAAAAAUCUUCAAUGGAAACUGGCUGUAAUGUGACCAGUAAUCGCAUAAGGCUCUUCGCUGUGAACCACUCACUGACAAGUGCUUCGGUGGACAAACCAGUUGGCUCCUACCCUGCCCUGCAGACGCCAUUAAGUCACUGCUGGCCUUAUGCUGAUGGAGACUUUUUUAAGGACAGAAAUGAGCCUCAUAUUAAUUUAUGCUCAACUCUAGGAAACAACAGUGGCGAACUUUUAACUGCGCCAAAUUGGAAUCUGAAGUAUGGAAACAGCAGUGUGGAAGAAAAUUUAACAGAUGAAAGUGAUUUAUCAGAAAAUGAAAAAGCAAACGAUACUUUACUCAGCUGUUUUAAAAAGAUGGACCUGAACUUAAAGCCAGAAACAAUAGAAAAUGUUGAAGACUCUUUCACAGAAGAACCAAGUGAAGUAUUUCCAUAUCCUGAUUUUCUUCCCCCUCCUUUCAAUACCCUGGACUUGCACAAAUUAGCCAUCUCAAAAUCUGAAAAUUGGAAAAUGACAAUGGAGUCCCUAGACAGCUCUCUGGAACAUUUGGUAGCUCGUUUACUGGACAUGGAGAGAUUGCAGCGCGUGACUAUUCAGAGAGAACGGCCGAGACUGCAGACGUCCUUCUGUGCUCCCUUAGCCGCCGAACGACCUGCUUCCUCCAAAGCUGCACCCAAAAUGAGACAGCCCAAACCUUCCGACUCUGUGGGUCUUCAGCCAACUUGUGUAGAGAAAAGUCAUGAGGAAAGGAAAACCAAUUCUGGUUCUUGCAAGCUUGAAUACAAUGCUCCCAAGUGGAAUUGCAGCCGUGCUGGGAAAUACAGGUGGAAUUCUAGACCAGCUCUGAAAACCUCACCCACCACAAAACAGGUGAUUGCAGCUUACGACGACUUUAAGAACCCCAAGGUCUCCAUUUUAAACCCAUGCCAAGAACUCUCAGCCAAGCCUGCUCCUGCCCAGACAACUCAGUUGCUGGUUAAAAUGGUCUCAACCAGAUGUCUGCCACCAAAGUCUCCUACACCAGUUUCACCUAUACCUCUGUCUUUUCCUGAAAAUCAGAGGGAAGAAAUUAAGGCACCACCAAGGACCAGAAAGAAACUUUACCGAAAAGACAUGGUACUGAACAGACCAUUCUGUAUUCAGAAGCUAAACUGUUAAUCACCUUCGUUGACAGCUAAGGAUAAGUGCUCACCCAUUGACCAAAAAUAACUCUUUUCUUUCCUGCAUCUCAACGUGAGCAAGUCUAUUCCAAGAAGCCUGGCUAAAAUAUGGUUCCUUAUUCCGAGAUACAGGUAUUACACACACACACACGCACACACACAAUAUUCCUGAAUGUGCUGUGGAGUGGAACUUGUGACAGUCACGGCUGAGAUGUCUACAUAUAAACCAAGGGCUUCCCUGAUGACAUAUUUGAGUCUCUUACAUGUUAUGUUUCAAAGGAUUGUUUCACUUAGAAAGCCAUUCUAUUCAAGAUGGUUCUUUUGUUGUGAUUG